CUUUGCAGAAGCAUCGACGGUCGGGUGUCUGCCCUGUAUUCCAGCAGGACGCGAGUUGCAAUACUGUCGGGUGAUCCAAUCUACAUUGGAGGUUAUCUUCCUGCUUUGAUAAUCCUCGAGAUAUAGUCGUUGGCAGCACAAGUGAACAGACAAUGGCGUCUACUCAAACCCCCACUCGUCCAGAGCGGCCAGUUCUGCGACAGACUCUCUCCAGUGGCUCUUUCAUUCAGGACCACCAACAAUAUAAACCCUGUGCACCUGUCACACAAAAUAUUGGGGAUGUCCUCCGUGGCUCGGGUGAUGUCCUUCGGGGACCGCUUAUGCUCAAUGCCAAUCCGAUCAGUCCUGAUCCUAGGAAGAUUACCGACAGCGGCGUUACCCACAGCAUGUUCAACAGCCACGCCGACACCCUCGCGAGAGACGUCCCUAAGCUGGUUGCCACCAUCUUCUACAAAUCUGCCAGUCCCGUGCAUCCUCCUCAACACCCCGACGUCUCGUCACAUGUGAAACCCGGGGAACGGCUCCCCUCGCCCACGGUCCCCGUUGGAUCGGCUCCAACGGUUGACAUCGAGAAGCUGCCCCGGGAGCCUCCAGCACCGGAGCCAGAGCCUCUAGACCAUCUUUACGGGCCAUACGUAUCCCAGCUUUGCCUGACCAACUUCCUUCAGAUCGUCGAAUCUCUCCACACUCCCUACCAGCGAAUGAACUCAUCCCAUCGUUGCCUUGAUCGUGACGAACAGCCCCGGGUAGUCGAAGUCACCUUUUCGCCGCCCCCAAACCCGGAAUACCUGCCCUUUGCAGACUUGAGGAAGCAUGAGAGCAUAUGGCGAUUUGAGCGGGAAUGGAACGUCGAAGUUGUGCUUCAGCAGGAGAAUGUGUUCCGUCGGCACAAGCGUCUGGCCGUUUUUGACAUGGAUAGCACCUUGAUCCAGAACGAAGUGAUUGACGAGAUCGCCAAGUUCAUUGGUGUGGAAGAGAAAGUAUCUGAAAUCACCGCUCGCGCUAUGAACGGCGAGCUUGACUUCUCAGCAUCGCUGAAGGAGCGGGUUGGUCUCCUCAAGGGAGUCCCUGCAGAUGUUUUUGAAAAACUCAAGUCGAUAAUUACCAUCUCCCCUGGCGCUCGUGAACUGUGCAAGGCGCUCAAAGCCCUUGGCUUCAAACUUGCGGUUCUGAGUGGAGGCUUUCAGCCACUUGCAGAGUGGUUAGCUGGGGAACUUGGCCUCGAUUACGCCUUUGCUAACCAUCUCGAGGUUGACGAAGCGUCGCAAACCCUGACGGGCAAACUUGUGUCCUCCUUCCCUAUCGUUGAUGCUGCACAGAAACGGUCUCUACUCCACUCGCUAGCGGAAAAGCAUUCCAUCCCCAUCUCGCAAACCAUUUCUGUAGGCGAUGGCGCCAAUGACCUCUUGAUGCUCCAUGCCGCAGGCCUUGGUGUUGCCUGGCGUGCCAAGAGCAAAGUGCAGCUUGAAGCACCAACACGUCUCAACGGGGAGAGUCUCGUUGAUAUUCUCUACCUUCUUGGCUUGGACGAAUCGGACAUCAACGAUCUGACGACUGUGUAAUCCGGGCUCUUUGCAAAUCUUCAAACCUUCUCCAACCAAGGAAUCAGCUGGUUGCGCACCGGUUGAAAGACAGACGAUUCCGCACAGCUAGGAGCAGGUUCUCUGCCUUAUUUUUGGUAUAUCUUGCCCAUUGAAUAUUCUCUACACGCUAGUAGAUUACUGUGUUAAUUAAUGGCUUUCUAAUCGUCAUCUGUAAAAACCCUGCGAGUUCAAGAAAACAUGGACAUCCGAUUUAAUCGAGAGUCCCUGGUGCGAAGGACCGCUAUUUUAAACUCAUGAUAAUACUCAAUACAUUUGAAAGAAAACCCUUGG